AGUAGUUUAUUUUCAGAUUCCACUGUAUAUUCGAGCCCACGAAUGAUACUUGAGUCCAACGAAUGUGCAUUUUCGAUUUGAAAUCUCAGAAAUCAUGACUGAUCUGGCCAAAGUUCCCCUGAUCUCAGUCACUUCCGACUGCUGCAGUCCCAGCCACAAUGACAGCAGCAUCCCGACCUGGCUUCAAACCCCCAACCAGGAAUUCUCCCCUUGCGUCAGUCCGAUCCCGAUGGAUGAAGAAGCUCUCACGGACGUCGAAGACAUGCUCGUCAACGACGAUCAACGACACAACGCAUCCAGCAAUAAGAAUACUAAUAAUAAUAGUAGCUGGAAGCAAAACGGGGCGAUGAGCGACGAAGAAGACGACAGCGGUUGGCAAGGCAGCUGUGCUUCGAAAUCCGGGCCUCAUCGUCAGCGCCAGCAAGCACGACGACGCAGACGACACUCGUCAGACGAGACGGAAUCUUGCUCCAUUUCCGACGACAACGACAACGACGAAGCGGAGAGUGUCGAGUUCGUAGAAGAAGAAGACGACGACGAAGGGAAACUCGCGUUUUUCCAAGCAGAAAAGGCCCUGAGCGAGCAGCAAGCCACGACCAGGAAGCUGGAGACCCACGAGUUACCCAACAGCUGCUGGAAUUGCAAGCAGAAAUUCAGCGCGGAUGACUCGGCAGCAUCCGUGACUGCUGAGAAUGGCAGCAAUACUCUGACGGCCACCAGGAUCAAGCCCAACUCGGAACCCGGCUACGAUAAGAGGAACAGUGUUUGCAGCACAGCGACUGAGUGUGAGGAAGUCGAUUUGCCUCCGGAUGCCGCGUGGGAAAUGCUGGAAAGGGAAACGCUUUUGGGUGAUGAUGAUUCGGGCGGAAGCAUUCUGCAGAAAGCCGAUCCGUUGCAGGUCACGACCAUGACCUCCAAUGCUCGUCGGAUGAAAAAAGAGGGAACCUUCAAUGAAAGACGUGAUUCUCACACUACAGCGGAUUUCAUGGGCAACUUUCCAGCUGAUGCAGACGGAGUCGAAGAAACCGUGCUGACUGAUGAAGACGACGACCUGCUCACACAAGUCAGCGACGAGGACGCGGAAUUCGAAGAGGCCGAAGCCAUCCGAGACGGCAAACACAACUUCGCAAUCAAGAAGAAAUCCCGAAAAAGGCGGAAUUCGGAUGAUGAAGAAGAAGACGACGACGACGAAGAAGAAAACACGUGGUCUUCGGAUGUUUCCGUAACCGGAAGCACUUGGGCAGAGGAACAAGACGCCAACACCAGCGAACAGCCGCUGCGGAAGGCUGUGGACAAGUGGACCAGCACCCUGUAUUGCAUUGCCGUGGUGGAACGCUGGCGUCGACCUCUGCUGCUUGCCCAGAGAAACAAGCUGAAGAACAUCAAUAUUGAUGAUGACAAUGAAAAUGAAGCUGGUGACCAACUGAGCCGGGAUUCCACGGGCACCAGUGGCCACACUGCGGCAUUUCUCAAGGAACCAAUUUCUCCUGCAAACCUGGAAGAAGAGCAGCAAAGAGACACAGACGUGGAAGACUUUUCCGAGACACAUGAAACUUGCCACUGCUCCAAAGAAGAUCCGUACGUCAGUUCUUCCGACGGAGAAGCGGAAGACCCGCCGGAAUACGAGCUUCCGGGUCCGAUUUCCUUCGUCACCUGCGACGAAAAUCAGCAGGAAAUGAACAGCAAUAUGCGGUCAGUGGAUUUCCCGAACCCGAAUAUGUACUCAUUCAACAGGAGACGCAGCAGCUGCAUGUCAGGCAAGUCAACGUCGACCAUAAGCGAGCCGCUCGAAACGUCGUCGACGAAAAUGAUCCCCGUCAGACAGACCAGGUCAGAAGAAGCUCUGACUGACGAAGAAGACGUGGAAGAUUCCGAAGACCCACGAAAGUCUCUCGCACUCAGUCUCCUGAAAGAGGUUGACGAGGACAACAGGCGUCCGACGACGAUGAUGAUCACUUGCCUUCCAUCUCCAACAGAUGGCGUACUGAGCAUUGUGUCACCAGCAGUGAACCAUCACGAACGACACCUUUUGACACCUACUCUUGACCAAGCAGCAGAACCAGUUUCCGAAGCCGAAGAAAUCCUGGUUGAUGAGUCUGAGAACGAAGAAACUGAAGAAACUCGCAAUUGGCAUUUGACUUCGUCGGCAUACGCUUCCUCGGACCUUGGAAGCGACAUCCCUGCAAUUUUGAACGCGUUCGCGGCUGCCGGUAAACAUUGGAAAAUACAAGAGGUCGCUCCUACUGACCGAGUAUCCAGCACCACUCUCGCUCCUCCGGAAAACGAUCAAGAAAUUUGGACAGACACUGAAGACAUGGAGCAGCCUGAUGAUUUCCAGCAAAGCCUGGAUGAGACUGAGUCUGCAGCAGCUGAGAAAGAACAAGAAUUAUUACCCAUAGCAGAUGAGCCUCAAGUCGUGUACAUCGGCAUGGAGAAGAGCGCAGACAUCUUGACAACCACGAGCACUUGUUGCGCUUCGUCCUCAUCUUCCGCUCCGGUGGACUAUUUGAACGUUCAAGGACAUGGCAAUGAAGAACAAGGGUUGACAGAGGAAGAAGAUCUCGGUGUGCUGUCUGGCAACGAAGACGCUUCGGUUGUUUUAAAUUUAUCCGAAGAGCCCAGUUUACCAGCUGAUUCCGUGCUCACGGUUCUCCAUGUCUCACAAGACUUGAAAAUAAUGCGUCAGUCGCCGGAUGAUGACACCGUAUCAGCAGUUGGCAUCGCUGACGGAAGAAACAAAGAGUCUUCGUUGAUGGCAGCAGUUUCACCCUCCAGCAGCAUCAUGUCGUUGUCAUCUGUCGGUGACCAAGAUGAAGAUAAAUUCAGGCAAUCCAGGGGGAAAAGAGGCCAGGAAAAGUUGAAAGAUGACGUGAAUUCAUCUCGAGGAUCACCAACUGCAGCAUCAGCUGCGAACACUCCGGUGAAUGGGGCUCCGCAAGAUGGAGCCUCUGGCACUGCAACAAACGCAGCCAAUAAUACGGAUGCUGGAAACAAAAGGAAACGGCGGAAGAAUUAUCGACAUCAUCAUCGCAAGCACUCGGGCCAAGGAAAUGAGAAAUGAGGAGAUCCUGGGAUUCUAAUUGGAAACAAUCCUUUUAUUCUUUUGAGAUGAAGCCAGCAGGUUUAUACCUGCGAUUAGAAUUAACGCUUUUCGGCUUAUGUAUGUUUUUCCUCGGUAUAUGAAACAUUACUGAUGUAUAAUGGAAACAACGCAGAAGCGCGAAGUUGAAUCGGAGCAAUUAAUUGACUCCCGCAGAUGAUUUUUUUCCAAGUAACCAUCUUUCAUCAGCAUUAUCUUUUCUCCUUGCAGGAAUUUUGACAUUUCUGUGCUUUAGUUUCAGUUCUUAUAGUUGCAAGCAACGUUCAUUUUCACUGAUACCUGACAUUGCAGAAUAAUGCAUGCAUUUUCCUAGAUUUCAAAGUUGACAUAAGAGGAAUAUUUUGCAUCAUACAGUAAAUCAUUAGUUUUUUUCCGGAGGAAUGUUGAAUAAUAAUUCAACCAGUUCCCUGACAACUUGGAUUGCUAAAACUGGAAUAGAAACAAGUUGCACACCAACAACUCACACCCUGCAACAACUGGGAUAACGUCAACUCGCACGCUUUUUUAUUUUUUUAACUUUUUGGAAUAUAAUUUUCCCAUUCAUUCUUUGCAGUUUUUUCUUGCCUGCGAGUUUGAGAGGUGUGCUAAUUCCUUAGACUUGGAAGGACAGUCAGAGAGCCCUUUUGUUUCAAUUCACUGUUUCAACCUACAGUACAUGAAAUUUGUGUCAAGGUAUUCACUUUCAAAAUCCUUAUCCAUUUUAAUUUUACAAAUCCAAGGGCUCACACCUCCCCUGAAUCCCAUUUGGAGGUAAUUGAACACCACCUGAACAAUUGCUCUAUAUAAAUUAGUCAAAUGAUUAAUAUCCCUGAGGAUAACUGAUGAAGUGAUAUUGUGGUAUUUUAUAUCAUUGAUACGGAAGGGCCCCUUGACUGUCCUUCUAAGGAAUUAGCAUACAUUCAAACUUCCUCCAGGCAAGGAACAAUCUGCAAAGAAUAAAUGGAAAAAUUAUAUUCAAAAAAAGUUUUAAAAAAUCAAUAAAAAAAAGUGUGCCAGUUGUCACUAUCUCAGUCAUUGCAGGGUGCAAGUUAUUGUUGGUGUGCAACUUGUCACUAUUCCAGUUGUUGCUAUCCAAGUUGUCAUCCCAUAACCAAUUCAACCUCACGUUCUUCAUUUCCGAGAAAAAAAACAAGCUCUAUAGGAGGAGUUUCCCAUUUUGGAUUGCACAGAACCCUGAUGGGCUCAUUGCAAAGUUUUCUGAGGCUCCAUAUACCUGCGACAGGUGAAUGAAAAAGAAGGGUAAAAGUAAUUAGAUAAUAAUUGGGAUCGCAAUCAAACUGCACGAUCCUGUGUGUAUGUCGAGAGAUUUUUUUUAUGCAAGUGCAAUUUGCGAUAUGAAGCAUUUCCACUGAAAAUGUAAAGUAUAUUUUAAACUCUGAGCCACAGAAACAGAUUAAUUCAGAACGAUCACGCUUACGACAGAUGAAAUGCACAUAUAUACCGGUAUGUUAAUAUAUGUUUUGUUGCACUUAUAUAACACCUUAAAAUUAUGAUGUGCUAUGAUUCAGAAUCAUUUUUUUUGCAAAUUGUGCAACUCAUGAUGUGCGAAUCAAACACGUAUUAACAGGCCGGGAGAAAUUCUUUUGACAAUCAUUUUCUUUCCUUUAUUCUUCUGAGUUUUAUUGAUUUAUUAGGGAAGUCUCGAGGUCAAUUUUGAAAACAAAAGAUUUAAGAGAGAAGGAGAAAUAUUUGCCGAAAGUAAACUACUCCCGCAAAUAUUCGAAAAUGCAGGUGAACUCCAAGGGUUGUGGAAAGGAGAACGAUCUGCACUGGUGCUGAUCUCAUUUAUUCGAUUGUACGUGCAUACAUUAUAUUAGUUUUUGAAUGAUUCGUCGCAGUUCCUCAGGUUCAUUCAGUUACCCGGAUUUUCGUUCUUUUCCUUUCUUGCUAUUGAAUAUCAUCGCCGUUUUCCUCCAUCAAAGAGCGAACCGAUCCCAAAGAGAUAAAUAAACCUCGGAUAUUGCUGA